AUGAAAUCUGUACAAGAGUGGGUUAAGCAAUUGAAUAUGACUGCCCAUCCCGAAGGGGGAUACUUUGUGGAACUCAUGAGGUCGGAGCAAACAGUGGAAUCAAAUAAAGGUAAUAAAACCGGUUUAUAUACCAAUAUUCAUUUCUUAUUAGAAGAUAAAAACCCAUCAAAUUUCCAUAGAAUUGCAUCUGACGAAAUGUGGUUUUAUCAUGACGGUAAUCCUUUAACUGUUCAUAUCAUUUAUCCUGAUGGUAAGUAUGAAGCCAUCAAACUUGGACCUAAUGAUGGAGAAGUCUUACUGUGUGUUGUUCCUAAAGAUACUGUAUUUGGAUCAUCGGUUGAUUCUGGUUAUGCUUUAGUAAGUUGUGUAGUAGUUCCAGGAUUCUUAUUCGAAGAGUUUGAAUUAUUCAAACGUCAAGAGUUACUAGACAAAUAUCCUCAACAUGAAGAUAUUAUCACCAAAUUAACUAGAGAUUAG